AUUGCUUCUCUAGAUUCUCCAUAUCUCUGUGAAGAAAUUACCCGAGAAGAGAAUUCUUCCAUUAAUUUUGUGUCGAUUAAUUUGAUUGGGCCAUGAUAUCGAAUGAACAAGCAUUUUCCAUAUACUAUUGACAAGUUAUUCCACAUGGCAAUGCUAGCUGAGCCCCGAUUUAAACGCAAAAUUUCAAUAAACCCCAACGGAAAAGACUGGAGUAACGAUGAGACAAAAUUUGGUAAAAAAUUGAUGAAAAAAUAUGGAUGGACAGAAGGGAAAGGACUUGGAGUUAAUGAGGAUGGAAAUCCAGACCAUGUCAAAGUCCAAUUCAAGUUUGGAAGUAAAGGUGUAGGAUAUAAACACAAUCACAGUGACAACUGGAUAGCACAUCAGGAUGACUUCAAUUCCAUCUUGGCCAAUUUGAACGAAGGAACAGCAGAACAGCAAGCAUCUGUCUCCUGCAUUGAAUCAGCAUCCAAAAAGUCCCGGAGCCGAGUUCACUACCAGAGGUUUGUUCAAGGAAAGGAUUUGUCCAAGAGAUCCACCUCAGAUUUAGACUCCAUAUUUGGGGUGCGCAAGGUGUCAAAAAGGAAGAAGGAGGGAGAGAAAGUGGAUAUGUGUACCGAAAAAUCACUGGAGGAGCCUGCUUCUCUUGUAACGUUCACCAGCUCUGAUAGUUUACAAGAAUACUUCGCUAAGAAAAUGGCAGCCAAAAAAAAUAACAAUCCACAAUGCCAGAACAAUGUGGAGACCAGUAAUGAACAGGACUGGAUUCAAACCGAGGCAACUUCAGAAAAAAAGAGACAGAAAAAGAAAAGGAAAGCUAAAUUAGAGGAAGAUGAAGAGAGAAAGCUUGAGGAGAGCGAAGAUGAGCGAGUUACAUUUUCUCUGGGAGAUGAGGCUGAGGAGUGUGAGGUAAAAAUCAAGAAAAGGAAGAAAAACAAGGACUUAGAACCAGUGGAAUUGGGUGAUGCUUAUGAUAACAGUAGCCAUUGUGACAAUGAAGUAGAAAGUGCAAAAAAAUCCAAGAAAUCAAAGAAGAAAAGAAAAGAGGAAAAGGGUUCUGUAGAAGAAGAAGUUUUAGAAGAGAAUGUAGAGUCUAAUGACAGUGAAUGUGUGAAGGAAGGCAAAAAGGAAAAGGGAAAAAAGAAAGAAAAGCAAAAACAUGGAAAGGAGACAGAGAGGAAGAAGAAUGCACCAGCAGACAAGUCAGAAGAUUUUAAUGUCGAAGUGAAAAAGUCAAAGAAAAAGAAGUCUAAACAAGGUGAGUUAGAGAAUAAUGGGACAACUGAUGGUCGGGCAAGGCGAGUUGUGUUUGAUUCAGAGGGUAACUUUGAUCGAGUUGAUGAGAUCCAGCAAAGUACUGUUUGUAUCUCCAAAGAGAGUUACAUGAAAACUUUCAUGCCGAACUAUACAGAAAAAGUAAAAGCGGGGAUAAAUGAAAAAAGGCCAUUAAAAUCAAAAACUGCAAAGAAAACGUUAAGAUCAAAAAAUGCUAAGAAAUCAUCAUCAGGGAAAUCCUCAGUAAAACUUUCAGUAGACAAACCCAGAACUUUCAAGUCACAUUCAGGUGCUGUGCGGGGAGACAAGAAUGAAACGCCCAGCACUUUCAAGUCAUAUUUGGAUACUGAGGGUGGAGACUGGAAUGAAAAACACAGAACUUCCAGGUCACAUUCAAGUACCAUGGGCAGAGACUGGAAUGAAAAAUCCAGAAUUUUCAGGUCACAUUCAAGUACUUUGGAAAGAGACAGGAAUGAAACGCCCAGAACUUUCAGGUCACAUUCGGGUACUGUGCGGGGAGACAAGAAUAAAACACCCAGAACUUCAAGAUCACAUUCAGGGACUGUGGGAGGAGACUGGAAUAAGAAAGCGGCAUCAGUAAAGAUAUUGGAAAAGUCUCCAAGAGCACAUAACCACUCUAUUUCUUUCAAUAAACGCCAAUCACAGUGUAAAAGUUAUUCGUUGCGAUCAGAAAGAAAGACAGUUCUAAUGAAACCGACAUUUGUUAGCCGUGAGGAGAAAAGGAGGAUUUUGGAACAAGAUAUUAAAACUAAGCUGCCUUCUAUUGAGGAUGUGUUUAAAGUAAAAGGUGCUAGUGUGCAUGCUAUCAGUGGUGUGUAUGAAAAACCCGUGAAAAGUGAAAAAUUAGAAGGAAAAAACAAAACAGUGAAAGCAAAGAAAUUAUCAGGUGCUGCAAAGAAGGGGGGAAAAACUAUAGGUGUGCAAAAAUCUGGGAAAGAUUCCAACAAAGACAGUCUGAAGAAAAAGACAAAAAAGACGAGCAACAAACCAAAGGGUUUGUCUGAUGUUGAAAAACGUAAAAUUGAACUUAUUCGCGAAACUACUGGGAUCAUAAAAACUCGCCAUCAGUUGAAAAAAUCCUUGUGGUAUGCCAAACAAAGAUUUAAAAAAUAGAGGCUUACUGGCACA